GAGCGAGUUUCAUUCCGUGUCAAACUGUCAAACCGUGCGCAUCGCAACAAAAUCGUCGGUCGUGUUUUUCAGGAAAAAGUUGAAAAAAAGUUUUAAAGUUGUUUGUUUUCCUUCGCAAAAUGGAAACCAUCUUCGAGAUCCAGCGGCGCCUGCACGAGGAGUGCGACCGGCUCGUGAUGGCCAUGUCCGAGGAGCUGCAGACGGCGAAGAAGACGACCAAGGAGAAGGUGCUGGCCGACCACCGGAUCAAGAUCUACCUGGAGCGGUACCAGAGCUGCAGCAAGUCACUGCUGGAGCUGUACCAGGACAAGGACGGCGAGCGGAAGCAGGAGAUUAGCAACAUGAGCGUGAACGAGUUCAAGGAGUUUUACUCGCAGUUCAACUCGCUGGUGGAGUUUCACCAGAACCACGGGAACAAUGUGGCGGUGCCGGCGUCGAUUGAGUUUUCCAAGUUGCGCGACCAGCUGAACGAUCCGGGGUAUUUGGCGGAGGUGGUCAAGUUUAGCGAUGUGGAGAACUACGGGCAGUAUCUGGAUCUGCACGAGUGUUACGACAAUUACAUCAAUCUGCGGGAUGUGGACCGGAUCGAUUACAUUACGUAUCUGUCGGAGUUUAACAAGUUUGGGGACAUCCCGAAGAAGCAGAAGAACUUGAAGUACAAGAAGUACUUGGAGCUGUUGCACGACUACUUGUUUGGGUUCAUCACCCGGUCGAGGCCGCUGUUCUUCGAGCUGGAGCACACGGUCAAGCGGAACGAGCUGCAGUUUGAGGAUCUGUGGAAGAACGGGGAGGUCCCCGGGUGGGAGCGCGCCAAGGACGUGGACGAAGACGCUGCGAUCAACCUGAACGAGUUUGGCAAGUGGGAAGAUCUGACCUAUCUCGGGUUAGACCGUCUCAAGGCCGCCCUCCAGGCCAUCGGCAUGAAAUGCGGCGGAACGCUAGAGGAACGUGCCCAGCGUCUGUUCGCCUGCAAGGACGACAAGAACAAGGACAACGAGCGCAAACGGCUCAUGUACAACCAAAAGGACAAGGACAUCUCCCUCCUCGAGUACAAAAUAACCCGCCUCGCCGAGCUCGUCGACGACCAGAUCUACGAAACCAAAAUCAACCUCCAGCGCAAGCAGGCGCGCUACACCCUGGACGAAAGCGACGAAGACUCCCUCGACGAGGUCGAAUCCGACGACGACGACGGCAUCCCGUACAAUCCCAAAAACCUCCCCCUCGGGUACGACGGCAAACCCAUCCCGUACUGGCUGUACAAGCUGCACCAGCUGCACUUUACGUACGAGUGCGAAAUCUGCGGCAACUACAAGUACAACGGCCCCAAGGCGUUCCAGAACCACUUUAGCGAGUGGCGUCACGCCCACGGAAUGCGCUGCCUCGGCAUCCCGAACACGGCCCACUUUGCCAACAUCACCAAGAUCGAGGACGCGCUCAUGCUGUGGGACAAGGUCAAGGAGCAGACGUUCUCCAAGAUGUGGGUCCCGGCCAACGAGGAAGAGUUUGAGGACUCGCGCGGCAACAUUCUCAGCAAGAAGGUGUAUUUGGAUCUGCAGAAGCAGGGAUUGCUGUAAGCGGGGGAUCGCGCGAGGAAGGGUUGUUUGAAAAAAGUGCAUUUCAGCGAUUGUGUGGUGAGGAGAAUAAAUUUAGUGUGGCGCCAGCA